CCUGCAGAAAUAUAGUGAUUUUUUAUACAUAUUAUUAUCGAGAAUCACCAGAACUGAACCAAACGCAUAUAGACAUCCCAAACCAAUCCAUUUAUCAUUUUUUUAAUGUUUUAUUAUUAUACCUGUUUAGUUUUGGUCACAACAACGAAGUACCAACAACCUCUCUUGUUUCUUCUUCUUCAAUCACUGUUCCUUCGUUUCCACUUCUUCGCAGACCAAGAACCGAAAGCCCUAUCCCAACUGCUAAACUUUUCACUUGCCAAAGCGACGUCAUGGGUUUUUUCUAGGUUUUAAAUGAGAUGGCGGAGCCGAAGAGACCCUCGAAGAACCGGGGUUUCUAUGUGAGGAUGAGGCUUUUGCACAACAAAAAUGGCAGGCCCCAAGAAAGGAGCUUGUUUUACAGGUACUACAAAUGGGUCCUCUGGUUCUCCCUCUCGCUCUAUCUUUUCGGCUCCUAUUUCGUCACCAACAAUAACCCACAGAACAAACCUACCUCUCUAUCCAAAACCCAUGUCCUUAACUCCGAAUCGACCCUCGCUUCUCGCGCUCUCUUCGAGUCCACCAACGCCACUCUCCUCCAACAAGCCACAAGUAAUUCAGCAAUGUUCUUGAAGAAUUUGAAGAUUUUCGUCUAUGAUCUGCCGCCGAAUUACAAUAUGAACUGGCUCUCAAACGAGCGGUGCAGCAAGCAUUUGUUUGCGUCGGAGGUUGCCAUUCACAGAGCUCUUUUGACCAGCCAUGUGCGGACCUUCGAUCCUUACGAAGCCGAUUUUUUCUUCGUUCCCGUCUACGUCUCUUGCAACUUCAGCACCAUCAAUGGCUUCCCAGCAAUCGGGCACGCGAGGAGUCUGUUAGCUUCUGCUGUCCAGCUUAUCUCCACCGAGUACCCGUUCUGGAAUCGUACAGGGGGGUCCGACCACGUCUUCGUCGCCUCCCACGACUACGGAGCCUGCUUCCACGCCAUGGAGGAAGCGGCGAUCGCGGAUGGCAUACCUGGAUUCUUGAAAACCUCCAUCAUACUGCAGACUUUUGGCGUCAACUAUAAGCACCCGUGUCAGGACGUCGAGAAUGUGCUUAUCCCACCUUAUAUUUCGCCUGAAUCUGUACAGACAACCGUAGAAAAUUAUCCGUUGAAGGGUCGACGUGAUAUUUUCGUGUUCUUCAGGGGCAAAAUGGAAGUUCAUCCAAAGAACGUCAGCGGCCGAUUUUACAGCAAGCGUGUGCGGACGGUGAUAUGGCGGAAAUACAGCAGCGACCGGAGGUUUUAUCUGAAGAGGCAUAGGUUUGCCGGCUACCAGUCUGAAAUUGCACGGUCGGUUUUCUGUUUGUGCCCUCUGGGGUGGGCCCCGUGGAGUCCGAGGCUGGUCGAGUCCGUGGCGUUGGGAUGCGUGCCGGUAAUAAUAGCAGAUGGCAUCCGGUUACCAUUCCCGUCAGCCGUGAACUGGACGGAAAUAUCACUCACUGUGGCGGAAAGGGACGUGGACAAGCUGGGAAAUAUUCUGGAACACGUGGCGGCGACCAAUCUGAGCACAAUCCAACAGAACCUGUGGGACCCGAAGAACAAGCGGGCCUUGCUUUUCCACAACCGGGUCGGGAAAGGCGACGCCACGUGGCAAGUGUUACAUGAGCUGGCCCAGAAGAUGGACAGGACCUAUAAUCGAGGGUCGGGGGUUUCGGCCGAAUUGGAUUCCGACACGUGAAAGUUGGACCCCAGCGCCAGCUAUAUGAGCGGCUUUUUUUUUUCCAUCGUGGAUGCAAAAGAUGGUGGAGCACAGCUGGAUUUUUCUUGGACUAACCCACGUAGAUAUUAUAUUAUAAGAUAUAAGAUAAUGGGGAAUUUUGGACAUGUCCUGUCCUGUCCUGUCCGGGGGUCAAGCUGUGAUGAAUUUGGCUGCUGCGAGGAAUGGAGAAUUGUACAAGUUUAUGUAAAAAAAAAUGUGGAUAUAAAACAAAGAGAGUUUUGUAGGAA